AUGAUAUUAAGAUCUACAAAAAGAUUGAGGGACCACGUGACUGUGUUUUGCUUCAAGAGGAUCUGAUCUUUUUCUAUAAUUGGUGCUUUUUAAAUAGUUUGACCUUGAACGUUGAUAAAUGUCACAUUGUCUCUUUCUCUCGGCUGCUGAAUCCUAUGCAAUUUAAUUAUCUACUUAAGUCAGUUGUACUUUCUAGACUUGAUCAGUGUAAAGACUUGGGUGUAAUUAUUGACUGCAAAUUGUGUUUUCAAGGUCACUUUGAUUACAUCACUACUAGAGCAUACAAAAUGCUUGGUUUUAUUGGUAGGGCUACAGUAGACUUUAAAGACCUGAACACCUUAAUCUAUUUGUAUAAAUCUCUGGUUCUUUCAAUUUUGUGUUACGCAUCGGUUAUAUGGUCGCUGCAUUCUGAUAAAUAUAUUUAUCAGCUUGAAAAGAUUCAACAUAGGUUUUUAAGACUACUUUGUUUGCGCUCUAAGCGACCUUUAGAUCCUUUUGAGCAUAAUUACUCUCAAUCAGCCUUUUCUUUUGGUUUACCUACUCUAGAAUCUUCUAGGAUCGUAGCUGACAUUUUAUUUGGAUUUGCAGUAUUAUGUGGCGAGAUUGAUUGUAAUUAUCUCAGGGGUAGAAUUGUCGGUAGAGCUUUGCCUUAUACUAUUCGAAAUUCCAGACUUUUGAUUGAGCUUACUCAUGGCACCAACUUAGCUUACUUUAGUCCUAUUCCUCGGAUUAUUAGGCUCUUUAAUUCUUUGCCUGAAUCAGUUAAUAAUGUUACCUCUAAGCAUCAGCUGAAAAUGCUUCUGCGUGGAUACUUCAAUAAAUAUUAA